GUUCUGGUCUGAUUUUUCCUCCGAAAGCAACAAGUCCCUGACGAGUCCCACACUGGCCUGGGUGGGUCUCCUCAAGCAGGCUUUUCUGAGCAGGAAUCCCUUUCUGAUGUGGCCAUUGCAGGACAACUGAGGCUCGCCAGCCCAAAGCGCAUUUGACGCCACCUUCCACCGCUCCAAAGAACUGCAGCAGAGGACAUUUCUAGAGUAUUUGUUUUCUCCUCGUCCCAGAGUGCUUGUAGUAUCUUGGUGGCUCCUUCUGCUACUAGUGACAACUUCCUCGACCCCCUUAGUGUUUUGGACAGUUUUUUUGUUUUUUGUUUUGUUAGUCACGGUAUCCAUACCACCUAUAACAUCCCGAUUUUCCAUAACUUGUGUGCUCCGGUCUCUGCACGCCUGCAGAGGCACUGGAGAUGCUUUCUAGCACCCAGGCGGCGACAGGUGAAUGUGACGACGCGGAGCUGCGGUGCCGGGUGGCCGUGGAGGAGCUGAGUCCUGGAGGGCAGCCUCGCAAGCGCCAGGCCCUGCGCACUGCCGACCUGAGCCUAGGUCGAAACGAACGCCGCGAGUUAAUGCUGCGACUGCAGGCACCGGGACCUGCGGGGCGCCCACGCUGCUUCCCGCUACGCGCCGUGCGCCUCUUCACCCGCUUCGCUGCGGCCGGGCGCAGCACGCUGCGGCUCCCAGCGGAUGGUGUCCCCCGGGCUGGCUCAGUGCAGUUGCUGCUCUCCGACUGUCCCCCGGAGCGCCUGCGCCGCUUCCUGCGCACGCUGCGCCUGAAGCUGGCGGCUGCCCCCGGGCCAGGACCCGCCUCUGCCCGCGCACAACUGCUCGGCCCGCGACCUCGAGACUUUGUCACCAUCAGUCCAGUGCAACCGGAGGAACUGCGGCGUGCUGUGGCCACCCGGGCUCCAGAUUCCUCUCUGGAGAAGCAGCCAACAGAAUCAAAGCCUAGUACGGAAGCUCCAAGGUGGCCGCUGCCUGUGAAGAAGCUGAGCAUGCGCUCCAGCAAACCGAAGCUUUCCGAGGAGCAGGCUGCUGUGCUACGGGCAGUCCUGAAAGGCCAGAGCAUUUUCUUCACUGGGAGUGCAGGGACAGGAAAGUCCUAUUUGCUGAAGCAUAUCCUGGGCUCCCUGCCCCCUACUGGCACUGUGGCCACUGCCAGCACUGGGGUAGCAGCUUGCCACAUCGGGGGCACCACCCUUCAUGCCUUUGCAGGCAUCGGCUCAGGUCAGGCUCCCCUGGCCCAGUGUGUGGCCCUGGCCCAUCGGCCAGGUGUGCGUCAGGGCUGGCUGAACUGCCAACGGUUGGUCAUUGAUGAGAUCUCCAUGGUAGAGGCAGACUUGUUUGACAAGCUGGAAGCUGUGGCCAGAGCUGUCCGGCAACAGAAGAAGCCAUUUGGAGGGAUCCAGCUCAUCAUCUGUGGGGACUUCCUACAGUUGCCACCAGUGACCAAAGGCUCCCAGCUCCCUCGAUUCUGCUUCCAGGCCAAGAGCUGGAGGAGAUGUGUGCCAGUGACUCUGGAGCUGACUGAGGUAUGGAGACAGGCAGAUCAGACCUUCAUCUCUCUGCUGCAAGCUGUGAGGCUGGGCAGAUGUUCAGAUGAAGUGACCCGCCAGCUCAGGGCCACAGCUGCCCAUAAGGUGGGAAGAGAUGGAAUUGUCGCCACAAGACUCUGCACCCACCAGGACGACGUGGCCCUUACCAAUGAGAAGCGGCUGAAGGAGCUACCAGGUGAGAUACACAGCUUUGAGGCCAUCGACAGUGACCCCGAGCUCGCCCGGACCCUGGACGCCCAGUGUCCUGCUAGUCGUGUCCUUCAGUUAAAGCUGGGGGCUCAGGUCAUGCUGGUGAAGAACUUGUCAGUGUCUCGGGGCCUGGUGAAUGGAGCCCGGGGAGUGGUAGUUGGGUUUGAGUCAGAAGGGAGAGGGCUUCCCCAGGUACGGUUCCUGUGUGGGGUCACUGAGGUCAUCCGCAUGGACCGCUGGACGAUACAGGUCACUGGGGGCCAGUUCCUCAGCCGGCAGCAGCUUCCCUUACAGCUGGCCUGGGCAAUGUCCAUCCACAAAAGCCAGGGCAUGUCUCUGGACUGUGUGGAGAUCUCUCUGGGCCGCGUGUUUGCCAGCGGUCAAGCCUAUGUGGCCCUGUCCAGGGCCCGCAGCCUACAGGGCCUCCGCGUGCUGGACUUUGACCCCACGGUGGUUCGCUGUGACUCCCGAGUGCUACAUUUCUAUACCACCCUGCGGCAGGGCAGGGGCCUCCGUCUGGAGUCCCAGGAUGAUGAGGCAGCAGACUCUGAUCUGGAGAACAUGGACCCAAACCUCUGACUCGGCUGAAAGAAGACAGUGGACUACCCAACUUGCGGCUUCUUCGUGGGUCAAGGCCCUAGGGAGUAACUGGGGGAGGGCCUGUGUUUCUUCCCUCAUCCAGCCUUCUGGUGGGGGGAAGGACAUGGUUCCCCAUUUACCAGCUUUGUCUCAGCCUCACCCCUUUCCCUGGGGAAACUACUUCCAGGGUCAGACGUUGGAAAUGGUGAUUGUUCCAGAGGACAAAGCUCUCUGCAGGGCUGGACAAGCAGCCAGAGUUCUGAGCCGUAGACUGGGGAGGCAGUGGAGACAGGUACUUCAGCGGCCGCAACACACCCCACAGGCAGGGCCCGUCUUAGCCCAUUGCACUGAUUUAUUUUGUGUACAUGGGAAGAUCAGAGGACAACUUGAGGGAGUUGGUUUUCUCUUUCCCCAUGUGGGUCCUGGGGGUUAAAUUCAGGUCGUGGGGCUUGGCGGCAGGCACUUUUACCUCAUGAACAAUCUUGCCAGCUCCGGGGGUCUGUUUUAAUUUUUCUUUGUGUUAUUUUAACAAAAUACACAAGGCUGGGUACUUGAUGGAAAAAAAAAAUGGUUUAUUUAACUCACAAUUCUAGAAGACUAAGAACAUGGAACCAGUCUGUACUUAGCUGUGCUGGGGCUUCGUGGCAGUUGGCACCACACAGCAGGUCCAUGUGCAGGCAUAACCACAUAACGAGACAAGCAGCGGGAGACUGGAACAGCAUCCAUCCACUCCUGAGGGCAGGACCCCCGGGCCUUCCUCACCUUCCAUCAGCGAUCCAUCUCCUAAAGAGUUACAUCAUCUUAUAAUUUAUUUAUUUUUAUUUUAUGUGUAUUAGGGUAUGUAUGUCUGUGUGAGGGUGUCGGGUACCCCGGAACUGGAGUUACAGACAGUUGUGAGCUGCCAUGUGAGUGCUGGGAAUUGAACCCGGGCCCUCUGGAAGAGCAGUCAGUGCUCUUAACCACUGAGCCAUCUCUCCAGCCCCAAGAGUUACAUCAUCUUAACGCUGCUGCACUAGGGACCAAGCUUCCAGCGCGUAAACCCAUAAGGAAAACCAUCCAAGCCAUGGCAGGAGCCUAGAGGGGAUACAGGCCAGACACAAACCCAAGACAGAGGUUUACUUACCUUCACAGCUGAGCUCAGCCUAACACAGCCCUGAGUAAACACCCUUCUGAGCCCGGCCUGAGAACAGACGCUGCAAAAUGUGCUGUUUUGAGGGGAGAGGUAGUGUUUAGGGCACUGAAAUGAAUGUUCUCAGGUUGUGUUUAUUUAGGCCAAAUAAACUUGUGAAUUGUGUAA